GGGGCCCUCCGAGCGCACCAGACCCGGAGCCCCACCCCGCCUGGCUGGGGGAGGGGGAAAAACUGAGAUUGGGCGGAAUCUGCGCCCCCACCAGCAGCGCUCCAAGUCCUGCGAGCCCCACCCCUCCGCAGGACUCUAACUCUGGGACGGGCUGAAGGGGCGAUCAGGGGAGGCUGCGGUCGCACCUGGGCAAAGGUUCCCGCAGUUUCUCAUACCUCUCGCUCCCUAGCAAAAGACUUCGCAGAAGCCAGGUAGGGAGGGGGGCCGAGACCCCCCUCCACGCCUCGAACUGGGAGCUGCCUGGUGCCCCGGGAAGGAUCUGGCCCGUGACCCUUGAAGGACUGGCUGGGACAUAACUUGGGCACCCCCCACAAUGGGAAACGCGCAGGAGAGACCGUCGGAAACUAUCGACCGGGAGCGGAAACGCCUGGUAGAGACGCUGCAGGCAGACUCUGGGCUGCUGCUGGAUGCGCUACUGGCACGGGGCGUGCUCACCGGGCCCGAGUACGAGGCGUUGGAUGCGCUGCCGGAUGCCGAGCGCAGGGUGCGCCGCUUGCUGCUGGUGGUGCAGAGCAAGGGCGAGGCCGCCUGCCAGGAGCUGCUGCUCUGCGCCCAGCGCACUGCGCGCGCACCCGACCCUGCCUGGGACUGGCAGCACGUGGGCACUGGAUACCGGGAACGCAGCUACGAUCCUCCGUGCCCAGGUCACUGGACACCUGAGGCAGCAGGCUCAGGGACCCUAUGCCCUGGGCUGCCCAGAGCUUCACACUGCGAUGAGGCCGGGGGUCCAGAGAGCUCUGAGGCAGUGCAAUCCGGAACCCCCGAGGAGCCCCAGACAGACCUAGAAGCUGAGGCUUCUGAAGGGGCAGAGCCGGAGUUGGAACUGCAAGUGGAUCCGGAACCAGAGGCGGAACCAGAGACUGAACCAGAGCCCGAGCCCGAACCGGAGGUGGACCCGGAUCCAGAGCCGGAGCCCGAGCCGGACUACGAGGGAGGAGAUGAGUCUGAAGAUUCCUGAAGGCCAGAGCGCUGACAGGCCACGUGCCAUGAAGGCUGAACAGGACCUGGGACCCUGCCAGGGCGGAGCUGGAUCACCACCAAGGCUCCACCUGGCCGGUAUUCACUGGAAGUGAAUGAACUUUGGAGGGUCGGCCUGGGUUCUCUGUGACUCUGGCUCUUGGCCCAGAAAUAAAGGUGACCUGGGCAGCCCUGUGCCCCAUCA